GAAGAAGAAAAAAUGGGGUAACAUCCUUCCCUGUUCGGUCCUACAAAAACUAAGCUGCAUCUUCGAACAGCUUCAUCCUCUCUUCUCCCAAAUGCACCCAAACCUUAAAAACGAAAAACGAAAGCAGAAUCCCUAAAUUCAACUGAAUUUCCGAGGAUGGCUGGUCCGAACCCGCCAAAACAACCAUCCUCCUUCACCAACCACCGCAAAUCUCGCUGGGAAUCGUCCUCUUCCAUCCCCAACAAAAACCACUCCUCCACCACUAACGACCCCAAAUCCUCCACAAAGCCCAAACCUUCUCCCAAGACCGGCCCAUCCCCAAGCCCCGCCACCCAAAACAAAUCCCAAUCCGACCCGAAUCCAGCCCUUCCUCCCAUCCCCUUCCCCGACCUCGCCGCCCUUGGCCCUCCGCCGCCACCGGCUUACGGAUUUCACAUGCUGGAGCGUCGGACAAUCGUCCUCUACGACGGCAGUGUCCGCUCCUACUUUGCUCUGCCGUCCGAUUACCAGGAAUUUCCGACCCGUCCCUUGCUCGUACCUCCCGACUUCGGUAGCCCACCAUUGGGAUUCCGCGAUAAUCGUGAUUAUUGGAAUGGGCCGGGCGACGGACCCGGCCCGUUUAAGAGAAAGUACGGCGAAGAAGAAAAGGAUCUAAGAGAGGAGAAGAAGGAAGAAUUUGCGAGGCAAAGGCACGGGCACCCGAACGCGAAAGUCUACUCUUCAGGGCCGGGCGGGCCGGACCGCCUGGCUGGAACCAGUAGCCCGUUUCGGAAUGAGGAAAUGAGAGCGGCCAAAUAUAUGAGAGUUGGUGGAGGUUUUGAAAAUAAUAAUUUGGGGUUUAAUAAUAAGCAUUUGGAAGUUGAUCAAAACGCCCUAAAGAAGGCCUUUUUGCACUUUGUGAAGGCGGUUUUUGAGAAUGCGGCGCAGAAAAAGAACUACUUGGAGGAUGGGAAACAAGGGCGGCUUCCGUGCUUCGCUUGUGGCAGGUUUGAUGAUAAGUUUAGGUCCUCUAAAGACUUCCCUGAUAUGCAUGGUCUGAUAAUGCACACAUACUACUCAGAUAAUGCUGACUUGCGUGUGGAUCACUUAGGCUUAUACAAGGCUCUCUGUGUAUUAAUGGGAUGGAACUACUCAAAGCCUCCUGAUAAUUCAAAGGUCUAUCGGUUCUUACCUGCAGACGAAGCAGCUGCAAACCAAGAGGAUUUGAUUAUGUGGCCUCCUGUGGUGAUAGUGCAUAAUACAAUUACAGGAAAGAGUAAAGAUGGGCGCAUGGAAGGUUUGGGAAACAAAGCAAUGGAUAGCAAACUAAGAGAUCUUGGAUUUGGAAGUGGCAAGUCAAAGUCCAUGUAUGGUAGAGAAGGUCAUCUGGGUAUUACAGUGGUCAAGUUUGCUGGUGAUCAGUCAGGCCUGAAGGAUGCUGUCAGGCUUGCUGAAUACUUUGAGGAGGAAAACCGUGGCCGCAAGGGUUGGUCCCGUGUACAGCCCUUGACCUUCGGCAAGGACGAUGAAAAAAAUCCCAGUCUUGUGAAGGUGGAUGAGAGGACUGGAGAAAAAAGGAGGAUCUUUUAUGGCUAUCUUGGAACAGUUGCUGAUCUGGACAAGGUUGAUUUUGACAUGAGGAAGAGGGUUGUGAUUGAGAGUCGGAGAGAGUAUAAAGGACCCAGGUAGUAGCUUCUGGCUAGCAUUGCAGAGUACUAUAAUGUAUUUAAUUAUAGUCAAUUAGUUUGUGAAUAACUGGUCCGUAGAUUUUGUCAUUUCAUGGUGUUGGUAAAUGAUUUGCGCCUUUGUUGCUGAAUUGAUGACAUUAUUUGGUAUUGAGUUGGCUGCCCUCUGCUUGGUCGAAAA